AUGAGGGGGCCCCAAUUCGACACACUCUUGAACUGCGUUCCUUCCUUCGUUUCUUCAAACCUCCCUUCAAACGUUGCCGCCAAGCUAGAAAUGUCCUUGAGCAAGAGUUCGAUCUCCGGCCUUUCUUUGGAUGCAGCUGGCCUCAUCGCGCUCGCCGACCUCACCACCAUUGCUGAACGCACCGCCCUCAGAGGAAAUGCGUCGUGGCUCGACGUUCUCUUCCUAGCACCCGGUAUACACCGCCAGCAGCUGGCAGCCGAGGUUAACAAAGGAGAACACCCUGUUUGCGGAGCCAUGCAUAGCGGAUAUGUGUUCAGGGUAGAGAACCAGGCUACGGUCGCGUUCCUCCAAAGGGUCAGCACUACCGGUCAUUUGACCGUCGUCCAGGUGGACAGCCCAGUGGAGGAAGGGCGCAUCUGGCAGAAGCUUAGGUCGUGGUUUGCACCAAAGUAUUUUGCUCCAUCGGUGCUGUACCUUACCGGAUUCACCUUCACCCUUAUUUCCAUCGCCCUCAUUGGCGCAAUACGCGACUUUUGGGCUCUCGGUGUGCUCUGCAUGCUCAUUGGCGCCCGUCUCAUUAAUACGGUGGUGAUCAAACGUCGGGCACAACUCACGUGGAAAGGGGCUCCCGAACCUGGGGUAAUGGGGGAUUUGUUUGUUCUACUCAGCCAAGAUCGCUGGGUGAGGAUCCAGGGAACAGUGGACGAUUUGAAGGCGGUCACAGCAGGGCAAUGGCUACGGGAUGAGCAGACCAUCGAGUCAUUCUUCACAGCACUUGCAACCUUGCUCGUGUACCUGUCUGCCGCUCUCGCACCCAACACAUCCACGGUGGGGUCGCUUAUUAUUGCUGUUCUUAUCCUCACUUCGGUCGCUCUCCUCGGGCUGGCAAACUCGUUGACCCGUGAUUUGAUAAUGUUCGGGAGGACGCUGAGGGUGAGCGAAGGUCCUAAAGCGUAUGCUCGUCGAUUGGACUUGGCGAAGGAGUUGGUUGAACAGAGUGGGAGAGACGACUGGGCUAUUGGCAUCGGGAUGAUCUUACCAAAGAGCGGGGAGGCUGCGGGUAAGGUUUCUGUCUGA